GGCUGGUGUGGUUUGAAAGGGGUUUGUGUUAUGGACAGUUGUUUUAGAAGGAAGGUCGACUUGUAAUAACUCUGCUCAGGAAAGGGGAAAGGAAUACAACCAUGGUGCUUUAUGAAAGAAUUAUUGAAGACUGCGGGCAGAACGGUGACACCAUGGCAGAUAGAAGGCAACUGUUGGUCGAGAUGAGAGCUCAGGAUUUGGAUUCUAUACGACUGUCAACGUACAGAACAGCCUGCAAACUCAGAUUUGUGCAAAAGAAAUGCAACUUACAUUUGGUCGACAUUUGGAACGUCAUUGAGGCUUUCCGCGAGAACGGCCUCAACGCCAUGGACCUCAACGCUGAGCUCUCUGUGGCUCGUCUAGAAGUGGUGCUGUCCACUAUCUUUUACCAGCUGAACAAGCGCAUGCCCACCACGCACCAGAUCAACGUGGAGCAGUCCAUCAGCCUGCUGCUCAACUUCCUGCUGGCAGCCUAUGACCCGGAGGGCCAUGGCAAGACAUCUAUCUUUGUUGUGAAAAUGGCCCUCGCAACCAUCUGUGGUGGGAAAAUUCUGGAUAAAUUAAGAUAUAUUUUUUCACUGAUAUCAGAUUCUGCUGGAAUAAUGGUGCACUCACAGUUUGACCAGUUUCUGAGGGAGGUUCUUAAAUUACCCAUGGCGGUUUUCGAGGGACCCUCGUUUGGUUACACUGAGCAAGCUGCGAGAACGUGCUUUGCGCAGCAGAAAAAGGUCUCCCUCAACACAUUCCUCGAUACGUUGAUGUCAGACCCGCCCCCUCAGUGUCUGGUGUGGUUACCGCUCAUGCAUCGCCUCGCCAACGUAGAGAAUGUCUUUCACCCGGUCGAGUGCUCCUACUGCCAUACUGAGAGUAUGAUGGGCUUCCGCUACCGCUGCCAGCAAUGUCAUAAUUACCAGCUCUGUCAGGACUGCUUCUGGAGGGGGCAUGCCAGCGGUUCCCAUAGCAACCAGCACCAAAUGAAGGAAUAUACGUCAUGGAAAUCCCCUGCUAAGAAGUUAUCCCAUGCCCUCAGUAAGUCAUUGAGCUGUGCAUCCAGCAGAGAGCCUCUUCACCCCUUGUUUCCUGAAAUGCCAGAUAAAACUCUCAACCUAGCUCAUAUUGUAGAUACGUGGCCACCAAGACCAGUGAAUAUCACCAAUGACUACUCACUCUCCCACUCCAUGCCUACAUCAGGGAACCCUUACUCCACCAAAAACAAGAAUAAUGUUGUUGGGCAGAGAAAGCCCCUGACUGGGGCUGCUCCACAUCUGCUAAAAGGGAGAGGGUUGAACUACAACCUCGAUGUUGCUGAUAGACUUGCUGACGAACAUGUACUCAUUGGCCUCUAUGUGAAUCUACUCCAAAACAACCCUAAAACAUGUUUGCUGGAGAGCAGUAACCAUCAAGAUGACGAGCACAGUCUCAUCGCCCGCUAUGCUGCUAGACUGGCUGCUGAUGCUGCGGCUCAACAGCAGAGGGUCCCCACAGACCUCCCCUGCUCUCUGGAUGCCAACAAACAGCAGAGACAGCUCAUUGCCGAGCUCGAGAGCAAAAACAGAGAAAUCCUGCAGGAAAUCCAGCGACUGCGCCUUCAGCAUGAGGAAGCAUCCCAGCCGCCACCAGACAGGGGCCAGCAGAACCCCACCCUGCUCGCUGAGCUACGGCUUCUCAGGCAACGCAAAGAUGAGCUUGAACAAAGAAUGUCUACUCUGCAGGAGAGUCGCAGGGAACUCAUGGUGCAGCUGGAGCAACUAAUGAUGCUUCUCAAGACUCAGGGUCCCGGCUCACCACGCUCUUCACCCAGCCACACCAUCAACCGGCCAAUUCCCACACCAAUCCACUCGGACUCUGCCGGCACGACCCCAACUCACACACCUCAGGACUCACUCAUGGGCGUGGGAGGGGAUGUUCAGGAGGCCUUUGCUCAGGGUCCAAGGAGAAAUCUGAGAAAUGACCUGCUCAUUGCUGCUGACUCCAUCACCAAUACAAUGUCAUCGCUGGUUAAAGAGCUCAAUUCAGAGGGUGGAAGUGAAUCAGAGAGUACUGUAGAUUCAGAUUUUGGACGCGAACUAUUGGCCACAACCUCUUCAGAUCCUUUCUACGCUUACAAACCAAGGCCUGUGAGCGCUGCAGAUGACGAGAGCUUUGAGAAGGAUCUGGAGCGGCAGCUGGAGGAUGAGCUCCAGUUGGAUGAACUAAAAAAGCACAGGCAGGAAACGGACAAAGCAUGCAUGGUGACUCUGCAGCAGUAACCACGUAAGGCCAGGUGACUGGUGAGCAAUAUGAAAAGAAAAAAAAGUUGAAGACACUGGACGAGACAACACUGGGUCAACAGUAUAGAGCACUAAUGACAUGAAAAAUUUAAGUUGCGCUAAAUCCAACCAUAGAACACAUUUAUGUAAAGAUAUAUUUUUUAACCAAGGACAUAUUUAAGGUAAUACUGUGAGCUGAUGUAAAGAGAUUAAUUCCUGAGCUGUCUCUUAUACCACAGGUGCCAUAAAAAAAAGAAAGGAAAAAAACACGAUUUGGGGGGAUUAUUUCUUUAUUUUUAUCCUUUUUUAUAUCAGUUGUUUAGCAAACGUACAACUGCACUGUUAGCACAGGGUGGACACCUUGAUUCUUUCAAAUCAGAUUGAUGUUACCUGCUUUACGACUGAUGUCGAACCUGAGAUUACGUUGGCGCUGAUGACGAUGUAAAUGAUCAAAGCUGAAAUCUUUUGUAAAUGUUACCCUGGCUGGGUUGCUAUGAACAAAUGUUAGCGUAUUUCUUACAGCUGCUGUUGAGUUGCUUUUUUUUUUUUUCCCCAGAUGUAUUUGUUUUGUUUGAUACAUUAGUAGUAAUAAUGCGCACCGCCUUAGCCGAUCAGAUGACCUCUCACUGGAGUUCAUCCAACCUGUCAGUGGAACAUGUAGCUUACAACAAAACCUGCAGCAAUGGUGGAAGUCUUCACUCGACAUGGUAAUACUGAUGCUAGUAGGGUUUGUUUGUAUGCAGAGGGAUUUGGUCUGCAAACAUGUAUGCUGUCUAUAAAUUGUCAAUUAAAUAUAAGAUAUAGAUGACUGGUUCUGAUGUCUGGAGGUGUUGUUUUUUUUGUUUUGUUUUUUAAAAAGUGGACAAAGGUGACACAAAGGGAUCCAAAUCACUCAAAUUUAAUGGUUUACAACAUCAAGGGCAUUGAAGAAAGUAUGUUUCCUAUCAGUGAUUUAUGAAUUAAUGGUCAGGCAAAGAUGAUCUGCCAUUGUUUCCUUUUUAGCCUUCACGCAGAUCUUUCUUUGACUUGCACACAAAAACACACUCUUGAUGUAUUUUCUGAGUGUGCACAAAACUUCACCCAGUCAGUUUAGGAAAAGUGGCAAGCCAAUCUAAAAUCAUAAAUGUGUGAAAUAUAUCUAGUUUGAUUUUUGAGCAAGUUCAUAGCAGUGAUUUUGCAUGGUGGUGAUGCAUAAUAAAGUGUUGACACAAUAUCAAAA